ACCAUCGAAACUACACUUGAACUACGCUUGCGUAUUAACUAGGCGAUGGACAACUAACAGCGCCAGUCAAGUGCAUUUAUGAACUUUAAUGUGCUAAGACGGUCUCGUGCUUAGCCUUAUUCUUUAUCCAAUUGCUGAGUUUUUGGGGGGUCCAACGUUUCAUAGUUCGUGAAGAUGGAAUUUGCUAUGGUGGGCGCGGACAGCGGGAGUUGCAACAACCACCUGCCCUACGGAUAUGCACAGGCUCGUGCCAGAGAGAGAGAGCGCGAGCGGGAGAGACAGUCGCGCGCAGUGGCGACGGCAUCAUCAGCUGAAGCUGUAACGGUUGGAGAGGGAGGUGGGUCCUGUGGCCAUCCCCACAACAACCCGCAUCAGAGUCGAACCGCCUCUUCAACGAAUGCCAACAACAGUAGCGCCGGGACCGCCUCGUGCCCCUCCUCCUCCCAGCAGCCGCAACAGCAGCAGCAACACCAAGAGCCACCACAGCAACUUCUCAGAGAGCGAAAAAAGCAAAGAGGCGUCUCGCGCUGGAGACGGAACCGCGCAGCACUCGGUGGGGAUCUGCGCCACUCAGAGUUGGCGCUCCUAGGGUCCGAGGAGGACAUAAUGAUUGAGGAGGACGAGGCAGAGGGCGAGGAAGAAGAGGAGGACAGGGGAAGUAAGAGAUCGAGUUUUGUCUAUAACAUGGAUGAUGAAGAGGAGACGGUUUCUUUAACGGACAGGCGUCCUCAGUCAGGGUACGAAAAUGUUUACAAUGAGUACGGCUGCUGCGAGAGAGUUGUCAUCAACGUGUCAGGCUUGAAGUUUGAAACUCAAAUGAAGACUCUCGCACAGUUCCCCGACACUCUCUUGGGGGACCCUGAGAAACGAAUCAGGUACUUCGAUCCUCUGCGCAACGAAUACUUUUUUGACAGGAACAGACCAAGCUUCGACGCCAUUCUAUACUUCUAUCAGUCAGGGGGGCGAUUAAAGCGACCCGCCAACGUGCCGUUUGACAUAUUUUCCGAAGAGGUGAAGUUCUAUGAACUCGGCGAAGAGGCAAUGCUCAAGUUUCGCGAGGAUGAGGGCUUUGUGAAAGAGGAAGAGAAGCCGCUACCCGAGGACGAGUUUAAACGUCAGAUCUGGCUCUUGUUCGAGUAUCCAGAGAGUUCAAGUCCAGCCAGAGGGAUUGCGGUCGUGUCGGUCUUGGUUAUCGUCAUAUCCAUUGUUAUUUUUUGUUUAGAAACAUUGCCAGAAUUCAGGGAUGACAAAGAAUUCCUCAGCCCAGGUAAAAAUUCCACACACGCAGACAAUGGAUUCACGCCAUUUAAUGAUCCAUUUUUCAUCGUUGAGACAGUAUGCAUAAUUUGGUUCUCAUUUGAGAUAAUUGUCCGUUUUUUUGCUAGCCCCAGCAAACCUGCUUUCUUUAAAAACGCAAUGAACUCCAUAGACAUUGUCUCUAUUUUGCCUUAUUUCAUAACUCUUGGCACAGACCUCGCUCAACAACAAGGCAACGGACAACAGGCAAUGAGUUUCGCGAUUCUGAGAAUAAUACGGCUUGUCAGAGUGUUUAGGAUCUUCAAGCUGUCUCGACAUUCUAAAGGUCUCCAGAUUCUCGGACACACAUUACGCGCAAGCAUGCGAGAACUGGCGCUGCUCAUCUUCUUUCUUGUCAUCGGUGUCAUUCUGUUCUCUAGCGCCGUGUACUUUGCGGAGGCUGAUGAGCCGUCGUCACAGUUCACGAGCAUUCCAGAUGCUUUUUGGUGGGCUGUGGUGACCAUGACCACGGUGGGUUACGGGGACAUGAAGCCUAUAACAGUUGGGGGUAAAAUAGUGGGCUCGUUGUGCGCCAUAGCAGGUGUCCUGACCAUUGCGCUUCCAGUGCCCGUCAUCGUGUCCAACUUCAAUUACUUUUAUCACCGGGAAACUGAUAACGAAGAUCCGACGACCGUUGUUGAACAGCCCCCACCAGGUUGCCCGUAUUUUCCGGAUUUCCUCAGAAAAUUAAAAGGGUCCCCAUCGGGGUCGUCUUUGGGUGACAAGGCUGCUGAGUAUAUGGAGAUGGAAGAAGGCGUCACGGAAUCUCUGUGCGGUGCUGACACGCAGAGCCCGAGUAGAGGGAACGGUACUGAUAUAGGCGGGAAAAACAGUUCACAUUCACGAAACCUACAGACAGAUGUAUGAUUAUAAAAAGACGAUAACCUUUUUUGAGAUGUUUUCGUGAAGAUGACUGCACAAAUAAAUCAGUUAACAGCACACAUGCACGCACGGUUGCGCACUUACAACGUGAAGACAUACGCUCGUGCGCAAACACACAGAGAAGCUCACACACGCAUACUCAAGUUAUGGACCUAAGCUGAAACAUUUUUGCAAUGUGGCUACAUUUGUAGAGAAACAUACGCUGUAAUCCAGUGACAGGCAACGCAAAAAUCACCAGCUUUACAUGACGUGGAGAGGAUAUCUGCCCACCUGUUCUGUUGAUAGAACUGAAGAACUACCUGUUCAUUAAAUGAAGGCAACAAAGAGAAAUUUGCAUAGGCACUUUAUGAGUUACGUUUGUCAGUAAUUGUAGAAGAGUUCUUAUCCAAUGCUAUUAUGCAAUAACGUUAAAAUCGUUUGCACUAUCAUCAAUUAUGUUAUAGUCUCCUAGGCAGGGAGGCAGCACAUUGACUGAUAAAAUAAUAAUAAUAUACAUUGUAUUAACAAUUCGAAAUAAUAUGAAAUAACUACGCUGCAACAAUCACUGCUGAGAGCAAAGAAAAUGAAUUCUAAAACUACUUGAUGUUUCCCAUAUUAAUGAAUUAUUCUUUUUUUAAUUAUUAAUUGGAGAGCAGAACGCAUGACCAAGGGAAUAUUAUCCUAAAUCAAAUUUUGGCAAGAUGUGUCAGCAUGCCAGUAUUCAGGAUGUACUUCAUUCUGGUAAAACCCUAUUAGCAACCCCUGUGUAGUUAUUUGUGCAUUGUCCAGGAUAGCUGAAGAGUCAUUUUGAUCAGUCCCUUUGUGAGUAUUGAAAAACAAAACAAUCAUCUUUGUUUUUGUGAAACAUACACUGCACUCUUUUGUUCGUUUUCAACUCUCAAUCAUCAUGCGAGGAUUCAUUCUCUCUAAGCAUAAAUGUCACAAUAUGGUAAGCCGAUGCCAAAACACCAGUUUUACAUUCUCCAACAAAGUCAACGACACCAGGCUUGAAGGAUCGGUUGGCCACUGCUUUCAAGUUACUGUUUUGGAAGUAUAAUUCAAGGGAAUGCUUCAUGCAACUAUUUCUUCGUCCCUUUACCAACUGUCAGUGCGUCCCUUUAUAAAAAUACUGAUGGAAAUAACAAGUCAAGCAGCACUGGAGGGAACAUGAACUCGUCUCCAGCGCUUUGUCGGACUUCAUGCACAAGAGUGGGCUACCUGCGUUCCGGAACGACCACACGGAGGGCACGAUGACUAAUGAGCAUGCGCAGUUUACCGUUCAAGCUAAGUGUUACGAGUCUUGCCUACGAGAGACUUUUCCGUCAGCCUAUGAACUCCUACAGUACAGAAAUGAAUGGACAUGGCUGGCAGUCAGCGGACGGAAAGUGGACCGCUGGUGUCAUGGACACUGCAUCCUCUCCAUCGAGCAGUAGACAGGAAGUCCAUCAUCAAGCCAGGUGUCGAACUGUUUAAGACCCACCCCAACAAAUGCCUUAAAGACACAGUACACUACAUCUCUAUGUAGAGGAACCUGCAGCAGGAUACUUCUUUACAAAGCUUGACAUGUUUUCAUUUUCUUCUUUACGAGUGAUUCAGUGUCUUGCAAGAACAGAUGUGAAUAUUUUCUUAUAAUAGAGAAAUAUUUGUUUGGGUGUAGUAUUGCCACUUGGUUUUGUGUGGUAGGACUGGUGAAAGUUGUUAAAUAAGUGAAGGGAAAGUCUACUGUUUGUCCAUGGCAGCCUCUUCCAUCUAGUUUUAUUUUCAUUCCUAAACCAAAAGACUGCCGACUGGAAUUGAGAUAUUCAGCAGCACUGCUCAAUGAUGUCAGUCUUGAUGCCUUGUGGGGUCACACAGUUACAGUAUAAAUGCAGGGUCAAAGUCACAUUCCCCUCACUGGUUUUCACCAGACCUCAAAUAACAAUCACCCGCUUUUCGAUAAGAGUAGCUAUGUCCUAGUCAUAACUCCUAAAUUAAACAUAAGUAAUAGUCGGAUUCGAAGCGUUGCUGUUUUGAGGGCCUUGGUGGUCUCCAAGGUAUAUAUGACAAAGCACAGGGAGUGAAUUGCGGGUACCAUCAGGUUCGGUGGACAGCUGGUUGACGUUCAUGCGAGUCGGUGCAGCACUGGACUGAUGCCCAGUGCUCAGAUGGUGAGCCGAGUCUGUUUAUCUCAGCAGUCGCAUGCGUCUGAAUCCACUUUAAAUGACAGCAAUGUCCAAUUUAGAGCCACAUCUACAGAUGGAUUUAUAAAUAUUACCCAUCGGUUUAUUGAAAUAGGAAUAACGAGAGCACUGCAGCACUUCUAAAGCGUAUUAUAAUGCUUUUCUGUUGUAAACUGGAAUUUUGUUUGUGCAAUUCAAUUCCCCUCUUUUGCAAUCCCCUCUAUAAAUAGUGGCCUCAAACAGAAGACUGCAAAUUACAGUUCCCCACACCGACAGCUUGACAAUAAAGCCACAUCUAAACAGAUCUGCAAGUCAUAUUCCUAGUAUGGUAUAUAAGAUGAAAACACAGGGAGAGUCUCUUCUACUUCUAUCCCUCGCUUCACCUCCCACUCCCGAUUCCUUCUUCAACACACUGGCACACAAUCGUUUUCCUUUCUUCCCUGCCUAUCUGACAUGCACCCAAGCAUGCAGACUUGAGCUUAUGCACACAUUCUAUUCUCUAGCUCUGUCUGUUUGUCUGUCUUGUUCCUGUAUCUGUCGGAAUCUACUCUGAAUAGACAUGUCAGAAUUUUAAUAAAGGAUAAAAUAUUUUGUGGUCUAUAUGAACUUCUAGAAUAUAAACACAAACAAUUUAUAGAAUGAACCAGCUGCUUUGUUGUCAUGGAAAUACAUUCAAGUAAUCUGUAUGCAAAGUUAUAUGGAAGUGUACUAUCUAUUUUUUUAAAUCUAGCCUUGAAUAUUACAUAACCAAAGUUGAACCCUGAAAGUCUUAUGUUUUGCGUUUGGACCUCUUUUUAUUUCCUUAAGAGAUUUAGACGUGGUGAAAAACAAAAGAUGCACAUGAAACGCGUAUGUACAUAAUCAGAUGUCUAUUUUAUUGUGUCCUCGAGGUCACACAUCAUUUAAGGGAGAUCUACUUUUUGACUGUUAGCCUUCUUGAGUCCCUGGCCCUGUCAUUCGCAUAAUUCCUGAUGGGUUUCGUGAACCUCGUGGAAGCCUAUCCUGCCAACUGCAGACUCUCCACAGCUCUCUCUUUUUUAGCGUGUGUGGUAGUUAGAUUAUUGGACCUUCUAGCAGAGAACCGCUUGCUAAGUACUUUUCACAAACUGAACACAAUGUGGAUCUAAACAAGGAGCACCAUGUCAUGUCACAUGCCGCAGAUCAGCAUGUGGCUGUAAUAUGUAAAUAUGUGUCAGUAAAAUGAUGAUGUCACAAUGACAUGUUGCUCUGUGCUCCAUGCAGUGGACCGUAAUGGUUUACGUUCAAGAACAAAAUAAUUCCUUAACAUUCACAAUGCAACUCGCAUGGUUCUAUCAUUGUACAUCAAGUCAACAGCCAAGAAUUAUCAGCCAACCGCGAGGAGAUGUUGUUUCCAUGGUGAUGCUCUGCCAGUGCUGACUGGUCAGAUGGGUUUGGAGGAAGAGAGGAAGCUUUGCAUUGUGAAAGAAGAGAAUUACCUGCUAAAUGAGACAAACAUAUCAGCACAUCCUCUUGUUGAUUUGAUCAAUUAUUUUGUUCACAUUUGCUUUCGAGUCGUGGGACUGUUUAGAUAACUCAUGUUGUUGAAUUUACAGAGGAAACAAAAUUAGGAAUCUAAAAGCUAAGGGAUAGUUCACCCAAAAAUGAAAAUUCUGUCCUCAGUUGCUCACCCUCUUGUCAUUUCCAACAAAAUAAGAUAUUUAGAAGAAUGUUGUACCCAUUGACCUGUUGGUUUUGUCCACACAAAAGAAGUGAAUGAGUACCGCCGUUGUUCAGUUACCAACAUUCUUCAAAAUUGUAUCUUUAUCUUUUGUGUUCUGCAGUAGAACGAAAGUCAUACAGGUUGGAAAUGACAAGAGGGUGAGUAAAUGAUGACGGAAUUUACAUUUUUGGUGAACUAUCACUUUAAAUGAUAAAGUACACAAUGUACCAUAAGAAAUUCUGCUCUCUCAUUGAGAGGCAAAACCAUGAGAAAUAUAUCAAACAUAGAGUACCUGGAAAAGAAUGGUAGUAUACCAAUGUGAUAUUUGAUGUACUGUAUAGACAAUAAAAUUUUGUUGCGUCUUUACUCACAGCAUGACAUAUAUUGUUCAUUGUUGCAAGGAACUACAGUCGUCUGCUCAUUGUUGAUGGAUUUCAGUGAGCUUAGAUCAAUUCUUUAGAAUCAUAAUUAGGCAUUUUUCACUUUUGUAAAGUGUUGUAAUGGACAAAGUUACCAGUGUAACACUUGGCUACUCACCCUUGUCUCCUUACAGUAAUGAAACCGCAGGAGAACAUUGCUGACUGAGAAAGAUCACAUUCAAUUACCAGAUCGCUUUAUUAAUUCUGUGAAUCAUAUACCACUUUACCCUCUCAUACUAAAAGAUCGCUGAGAAAACGAUCACACACAUGGAUAACAUUUACUAACCAUUCCUGCUAAUGAGGAGGAGGUAUAGGUGUUCAGGAAUGAGAAUUGGAUCAUUUUUGUAAUCAGUACACACAAGUGGGCUCUAGCUUUUCUGCUUCAGAAGUCCUGUCAAUGAGAGGUGUGUUGGGGUCAGCUCUUGUGCCUCCUAACAAACAUGCAGAAGGAGAUGCGUUCGGUGAGUCUGUAUUUCUUAAAAUGAACAAGGCAGGAAAGUGUAUAGAAACAUCCCCAUCAAAGUAGUAAAUAAAUAAACCUGACGUCCGUCCAUUUAUGCAAGUCUUGGAUGGGCUUGCCCCCUUUUCUUCUGCAUGAUGCUUUGGUUUUGAAAACUUGCAUCCUGAUUGAAUAUGUAUUCGUGUUAUUUAUUACUUUUUGUAUAUUGGAUACCCUGUAUCAUUUUUUAGAGGUUAUUUCAUCAAUCUUCUGGAUUUUUUUACAUGCAUAUCAUUUUGUAGGCAGCAAUAUGAUGUGAUGGAAAUGAAAUUAUGUGCAAUGUUGAAAAUUAAAAAAGAAAAAUAUAAUAUAUUCAAUAAAAAAACAAAGAAGGCCAUUUUUAUCUUUCUCCUCUGUGUGCAUUUUUCAAUGAAUGGUUUGUAAUCUGAUCGUCCUUCUCUAAACUCUGCUGUCAUGAUAUCAACUCACAUUCUCCUCUGUUCUGACACUCUGAUCCCCGUUUGUGUUUGUAAGAGAAGCCUGCGAGUUCAUGUAUUGUGUGUCCAACAAGUACCUCACCGAACCCAUUCUGAGGGUGAAGGAAAGGGCGUUUUAACAUGAGGGACGUUUUCUACUUUAUGAGCUCAUUAACUUGUUUUUGACACCUGAUCCGCCAGUCUUUCAUGUAAGGCACAGUUUAAAUAUUUAAAAUGUAAGCUGCAUGGAGCAAUUACUAGACUCUUGGAUAAGCUCCAGACACAGUAGCCGAACUCCCUCUAAAGACAAUGUGCCCGAGCUCACACCCUGCACACAAAAUAGUCCUGCACUCCUCUGCCCUGCACACACACACACUUGCAUGCGGCAUUGUAAACAUCCUCACACUCACAAUAACACUUGAAUGCUGAUGCAGUCCUUUUUCAUAACACAGACUCGCUUGUCCACACCAGCGCACCAAAAUAAAUGAGGUGUUAAUUAGUCCCAGUCUUAUCUUCUGCCAUUCUUUGACUUAAGGGAAGAAGUCACCAGUGGCGAGCGGACAAGAGUCAACAGGUAGUAGGGUACAGGUGACCUUUCUGCUUUAAUUAUAGAUAGCCCCUUUCUCUCUGUGCUUCUUUAUGUACUGUAAACGGCAGAAGCUGACAUGGAAAGAGACAGAUUUAUCUUUGGUUGUUUGCAUUCUGCCUUGAAGGUCAGUGCUUUUGGACUCCGAGGGUGUAAAUCAGCACUGAUAUUUAUAGAUCUGCGCCCAUCAUUGCUGUCUGUAAAAUGGGGUGAACUUGCCAGAGGACCCAAAACGGUCCGUGAGGUUCCCAUCUUGACAUCAACUCGAGGCUACUUGCUUACCCGCUCGCACUU